UUCAAGCUAACAUAGAUAUCCAUUCUCAAACCUCAGGUCGUUCAACGUUGAGCACUAAGCACAACAACGACAACCUUUCUAAGUAGCUCUACAUCCUACUGGAAUCAAUGCUCGUUGUCCACUCUUCAAGCUCUUGCGAUAUCUGUCUGGGUGCGUAUGAUUGGGACAUCCCAACACAGGCGCCUCACACUAUACCCUGCGGCCAUAUCUUCUCUGAAACGUUGGUCCUACUCAAAUCCAAAAGCUACAGUCCCUGGUUCACGCGCAUUCUUAUGCAAUAA